CCUAACAGCAAGUCUACCACUCAACGUUAUGCAGGCGUUGCUGAGCUCGUUUCCAUUAGAUCGGUGAGCGAGAACGAUCUGAGUGGUUCAGGAGUGCAAUCCGACCGCAUUGUGGGGCAACUGGUCUAUAGCUUGCUCUUGGAGGAUCACGGUCCCCACUUGAUGAUGAAAGAUACGGAAACGGAACACAAGCAAGUUAUGGUAUCGGAAUCGGAAAUGGGUGAGAAC